AUAUUCGCGGGGAAAUUGUGGUUGGCAUAGAAACCAUCAUAUGACUAGCCAGCUUCAGAAGCACAAUGGACGCCAAUCAGAUAUGACGUACAUCACAUAGCAGUUAAAAAUCGAUGGAAUCUGUAAAUGGAAAUGACUGAGCAGUAUUAUUCUUGAUUUACAAGAUGAUUAAAGACCUUGAUGUGGACAGUAUAGUUGAGCAACUUCUUACCAUUAAGGAUUCUCCGAACAAGCAGGUUCAGUUACCAGAAACUCAAAUUAGACAGUUAUGUCAGCUAUCAAGAGAAUUGUUUUUGGAACAACCGAUGAUUGUGGAAGUUGCCUCCCCUGUCAAUAUUGUUGGGGAUAUACAUGGACAGUAUGAAGAUAUGUUAAGACACUUUGAUAAUUGUGGUUACCCACCAGAUGCUAAUUACUUGUUUUUAGGGGAUUAUGUGGACAGAGGAAAAAGGUCACUCGAAACUAUAUGUUUACUUUUGGCUUAUAAAAUCAAGUACCCUAAAAAUUUCUUCUUGCUGAGGGGUAACCAUGAAUGUGCAUCAAUUAACAGAAUAUAUGGGUUUUAUGAUGAAUGCAAAAGAAGAUACAACAUAAAACUAUGGAAGACAUUUACAGAUUGUUUUAACUGUUUGCCUAUAGCUGCUGUAGUGGAAGAUACAAUAUUUUGUAUGCAUGGAGGUCUGUCUCCAGAUCUAAAAGAGAUGUCUCAAUUGAAUAAAUUAGAGAGGCCUUUGGAUGUUCCAGACCAUGGCUUAAUAUGUGAUCUUUUAUGGGCAGAUCCAGAUGAGGAUAUAACAGGUUGGGGAGAAAAUGACAGAGGAGUGUCCUACACCUUUGGUGGUGAUGUAGUACUAGAUUUUCUGAAUAAGCAUGACUUAACAUUAAUAGCAAGGGCACAUCAGGUUGUAGAAGAUGGAUACCAAUUUUUCCAGAAACGAAGUCUACUGACUUUAUUUAGUGCACCUAACUAUUGUGGAGAAUUUGACAAUGCUGGUGCAGUAUUGGUAGUUUCAGAAGAUUUGACAUGUUCUUUUCAAAUUUUACCACCACAUAAAGAGAAGAAGCUCAUUGUAAAAAAGAAGUAGUAAUUUGAUGUUAAUAACAAAGACAUAGAUAAUGGGCAGAAAAAUUUAUGUAAAAUCGAUUAGUAGAUUGUGUUCAUUGUGCUUCUCAUCGGACUACAUGUACAUUACAGAUAGAUACUUAAUCUGUUUUAUACAAUGUGCUUUACUGUAUUGUAGGUAGAAAUUAUUUUCCCCUUCAAUAUUGUACACCAUAAUCUGCAGAUUCACAAAAUAAAAUUGGUCAGUGGAGUGUUUUUUUGUUGGCCCACUACAUUAAUGUAAUUUAUCUGUCAAGCUUUUCUUUAAUUGAAAAUUGUUUAUUACAUGCAGAAUUAAAGCAGUUGUUCACCAAGCCUACAUUUGUCCAAUUUUUCUUACAAUUUGAUUUCUUUUAUUUGUAUGCCCCACCUACGAUAGUAGAGGGGCAUUAUGUUUUUCGGUCUGUGCGACUGUUCAUCCGUCUCUCCCGCUUCAGGUCAAAGUUUUUGUUCAAGGUAGUUUUUGAUGAAGUUGAAGUCCAAUCAACUUGAAACUUAGUACACAUGUUCCCUAUGAUAUGAUCUUUCUAAUUUUAAUGCCAAAUUUAAAUGUUUUGACCCCAAUUUCACGGUCCACUGAACAUAGAAAAUGAUAGUGUGAGUGGGGCAUUAGUGUACUAUGGACACAUUCUUGUUUCAUCCUCCCUUGUUAACAGAUUUCCACUUUGGCCAAAAAAAAAAUAUUUGUUGAAAGAAAAGAGAUUUUAUAGAAUGAAAUAUUCAGAAUGUUCCUUAAAAUUGAUUUGAUAAUCCAUGAAUAUCUGACCAACAACUAGUGUAAACAUAAACAUUAUUUAUUUUUUUCCUGAUUCAUAAAUUGAGGGUGAAGUUUAUUAAUUUUGUUGAGGGUAUCUCUGUCUGAAUUAAAUUUGUAAUAAAUGUUUAGUAACUCUAUAGCUCUCUCGUACUUGAAAUUUUAGCAUCAAUAUUAGAUCAUAAAAAUAUAUUUUAUUGCCACAUUGCAUUUAACAUAAUUUCAGUAGACCUGUAUUCAGUUUGAUGUAUAUUAGAAAGUUCUAUAAUUAUUUUGUUCAAUAAUUUCUCUACAAAUAGUGUCAUGAUUUUGAUUUAGUUUCAGGAUACAAUUGAGAUGGAACUAAUAAGUAGCUAACACAUUUAAUACUAUUUAUAUUUUUUGUGAAAGUUUGAUUUGAUAAUGGUUGGUUGCUUUAAAGUAAGGUCUAAUUGCAUUGUUAAUUGGACACCCUAUCUUGCUUGUAUUGUAGAUAUACAAUCAUAAUAUUAAUUCGCUGGUAUUCACAUAUUAUGGCAUUGUCCUCAGUCAUUCUUGAAGUAUGAUAUACUUGAUCAAAUAAUUGAAAAUUGUUAGCUCUUUACCUAUCUGUUAUGAUGGCUGAGUAAGUGUACAAUAUUUGGAUAGUAAAUUCUGCAGAUUUGUUUUUUUGUAAGAAAGUAUGAACCUUCAAUAAAACUUAAAUCUUUUUAACAUUUCCCUGACUUUUCAGUAAUUAAUAGGUCAGCUAUAGAAUCAUUAUAAAUGUUUACUUAUUCAUCUGACAUGAGUCCUCUCACCUUGACCUCAUUUUCAUAUUGAUUAAAUGUGAUAUUUACUUGAUAAGAUUAGUUUUUGAGUUACUAUACAUGUAAUUAAUAUGUCAAAAUAUAUAUUUAUAGAAUAACAAGGGUGUAACAUGUCCUUAAAAGAAGAUCUCAUUUCAUGGUUUAUAUAUAUGUAAUUUAAUUUUUUUUACAUAUAAAGUUAUGAUUAAUUUGACAGACAAGACAUUUCUGUGUGACCACUCUUAUUGUUUUUAUAAGUUAUCUUAAAAUUUCUGUAGGAAAAUCAAUUUCAAAACAUUCUUUUGAAUCAAUUCUGAAAUAUGUGUAAUUCAGAUUGCUUUGAAAUAUCUUUAAAAAAAUGUUCCUGUACCUGGCAGUACAUGGACCUGGGUUUUUUUAUUGGUGGUAGAUGUAAUGGGAAACAAUUUUCCGUUUUAUCUAAUUGUUAACAAAGCAUUGAAUUUUAUUCAUUUAUAUACAUGACUGUUUUUACAUAUUUGUUAUUAUUUGUUUUUAUUUAUAGUCUCUGCAUAUUUUGACUUAAGGAUACUCAUUUUACUAGCAACCAAUUUGUUAAGUGAAAACAUUGAGAAACAUCAGUUGAUUGUAUGUGCUUAGUGCUAUACCAUGUAAAUUAACCCAAAUAACUAAUUAAGUAAGCUUCAUUUAAGCUGUUUAAAACUUUAUUUACUAUGUAACUUGAAAUUGAUGGUCUUUUAUGAAAUGAAUUAUUACCGUUUGCGAUAAAAUCAGGUUUAGGUUUUCAAAUUAUAUAUUUUUCUGGUACAAUAAUUCAGAGAAAAUUUCUUAACUAAACUGUAUUACAUAAAAAAAAAUAGUGUCAAGUCUUUUCUUAUGCUGAGAAUAUGUUAAAAUAUUAUGGAAGUAAAAGAAAAAACUGUCUCAAGUUAUGCUUUAUGCCAUAAAUUGUUAUUUCUUUCUUGUUAAUAAAGUGUUUAGAUAGAAA